CACCCUCCUCCCCUCACUCACGCACCCUGGCCUGCCCCUGUCCGAGCCUGCCAGAGCUCAGAAUAACCUGGGGGACCAGACAGUGGAAUGGCAGGGGCUCUGCUCUGCGCCCUGCUCCUCUUGCCGCUUCUUGGCAGAGGUGAGGGGAAGAACGAGGAGCUGCGCCUUUACCACUACCUUUUCGACAACUAUGACCCAGGACGCCGGCCAGUGCAGGAGCCCGAGGACAUUGUCACCAUCUCCCUCAAAGUCACCCUGACCAACCUCAUCUCCCUGAACGAGAAAGAGGAGACCCUCACCACCAGCGUCUGGAUUGGAAUCGACUGGCAAGAUUACCGACUCAACUACAGCAAGGGCGACUUUGGGGGCGUAGAAACCCUGCGGGUCCCUUCAGAACUCGUAUGGUUGCCAGAGAUUGUGCUGGAAAACAAUAUCGACGGCCAGUUCGGGGUGGCCUACGAGGCCAAUGUGCUGGUCUCCGAGGGCGGAUACGUGAGCUGGUUGCCCCCGGCCAUCUACCGCAGCACCUGCGCCGUGGAGGUCACCUACUUCCCUUUCGACUGGCAGAACUGCUCGCUUGUUUUCCGCUCCCAGACGUACAAUGCCGAAGAGGUGGAGUUUGUCUUUGCGGCGGACGACGAGGGCGAGACCAUCAGCAAGAUUGAUAUCGACACUGAGGCCUAUACUGAGAACGGCGAGUGGGCCAUCGACUUCUGCCCCGGGGUGAUCCGCCGCUACGACGGUGACUCUGCGGGUGGCCCAGGGGAAACUGACGUCAUCUACUCGCUCAUUAUUCGCCGGAAGCCGCUAUUCUACGUUAUUAACAUCAUCGUGCCCUGCGUGCUCAUCUCGGGCCUGGUGCUGCUCGCCUAUUUCUUGCCCGCGCAGGCCGGCGGCCAGAAAUGCACCGUUUCCAUCAACGUCCUGCUCGCCCAGACCGUCUUCUUGUUCCUGAUUGCCCAGAAAAUCCCAGAGACAUCUCUGAGCGUGCCGCUGUUGGGCAGGUACCUCAUUUUCGUCAUGGUGGUUGCCACACUCAUUGUCAUGAAUUGCGUCAUCGUGCUCAACGUGUCAUUGCGGACGCCCACCACUCACGCCGUGUCCCCGCGGCUGCGCCACGUGUUGCUGGAGCUGCUGCCCCAACUCCUGGGCUCCGGCGCGCCCCCCGAGAUCCCCCGGGCUGCCUCGCCCCCAAGGCGGGCGUCAUCCCUGGGCCUCCUGCUCCGCGCGGAGGAGCUGAUACUGAAAAAGCCGCGGAGCGAACUCGUGUUUGAGCAGCAGAGGCACCGGCACGGAACCUGGAACGCUACCCUGUGCCAGAACCUGGGCGCUGCCGCCCCCGAGAUCCGCUGCUGUGUGGAUGCCGUGAACUUCGUGGCUUCGAGCACGCGGGACCAGGAGGCCGCUGGCGAGGAGGUGUCCGACUGGGUGCGCAUGGGGAAAGCCCUUGACAACAUCUGCUUCUGGGCCGCUCUGGUCCUCUUCCUCAUGGGCUCCAGCCUCAUCUUCCUCGGGGCCUACUUCAACCGAGUGCCCCAGCUGCCUUACCCGCCGUGUAUGUAGACCUGAGGCCACAGCCACACCGACAAGAAUUCCCACCCAUCUCCAGGAGGAUAUUUGAAAAACACCUUGCUAGCACUGCUGUAUUACUAUCCUUUCCCACUGCCAAUGAUAAAUCUGUAUUCAACU